UUCUUUCUUCAUUCUCUCACAAACCGUACUAUCGUGUUCAUAGUGUGCUUAUUGUUUAUUGACUAAAUUUGGUUUUCGUGUGCGUGUUUGUGACUUUUGUGACAUGUAACUGACCAGUGCUUUUGGAUACCACAUUUUGAGACACACUUUCAUUCACAAAAGGAAAGUGAAACUGGAAGAGGUAGAAAACCAUUAUAAACAAAGUGAUGCCAAAGUGUACACAUUCUCAUGGCUGCAGUGGUUAGCCAUGCAAUGCGACGAUUUCCAACAACUCAGCCUGAUGCCGUGUAUUCUUACGGUCUAAGGCCCGAAGGAUCUCGUAAACCUUGGUCUCCAUCGGAGGAGGGUGAGAGCGCUCUCUCCCGUUCGAUGCGUUAUGCCGACCCCUGGCUCUACGGCAGCGUGCGCGCCCCAGGUGGCCUAGUCCUCGCCCCCGCUUUCGUCCUCUGCACUUGCUCCGACUACGUCAACGGCACAAAACGCUCCUCGAAGAAGACCCCCACGUCAUGCAAAAAGUGCAAAGGCACUCGCUUGCCCCUCUCCGAGAGCAAAUUCGGAACGGUGCGAUGCUACCCCACCUCCAGCACCCCCACCCCGACGCGGGCCGGCACCAUGCGCGUGGUGGGCUCCUCCAGGCCCUCCAUCCUGCCCGACCCCUACGACCUCAUGCGGAGGUCGCGCCUCUCCUCCAGGUCGGUCUCCCCUCGGGGGCGCCGCUCCAUCCUCGAGUGCGACAUCAACCCCUACGAGCUGAUGGAGGCCCCCCGCGACGCCAGCAUUACGCUAGUUAACGGCCAAAGAAUCCGCGUGAGGCCCCCCACGGCCGAGGAGGUGCAAGUGAAGAGGCCCGCCCCCAAGGUGCCCCCCAAAAAGGCGCCAAACGAAAAGGAAUCUGAGUGCAACCGGUUCAAGUCUAUUUUAAAGAAACCAACAACUUUCAGUGACACGGAUUCGAAUAGCCGUGAGCACAGCCCCUCGCCCGCAAGCAGAAGUGGGUCACACUUUUACCUGCCAAUGCCCGGCAACACACCCAGGAAAAAAGUGCAGUUUUUGGUUGAAAAUGAACUUGAUUUGGACCAAAAUCGAAAGGAUGAGGAGGAAAUGUCAAACGAGGAAGGACAAGAUAAUUCCGAUCAGAAAGUCUGCAAGUUGCGCCGAAGUGUCAGUGAACGGUUUAAUCAUGGCUCGAAGAAAGUUGUAUUCCAUGAUACAAUGGCAUUACGUUCACGUCCCUCCCGAAGUGAAUUGAGACUAGACUUAGGAGAGGAGGAUCUAGAGCGAUUAGACGGCCUAACUUCGAAAACUAGGAGAAAAAGUCCCACAAAAGUGCGACCGAAUGAACCGCCACCACCGCCGCCACCGAGCAAACCCACACAGAAGCUUGGAAAAACCCAAAAAAUUAAGGAUGAAAAAAGUGAGAAGAAAAUUGAGGAAACUUGUGCGAGUCAGCCUGCAAAAACCCAAAAAUUUAAGGAACUAGUGGAGGAAAAAAGUGAGAAAAAAAUUGAGGAAACUUGUGCGAGUCAGCCUGCAAAAACCCAAAAAAUUAAAGAUGAAAAAAGUGAGAAGAAAAUUGAGGAAACGAGGCAAGAAGUGGCUCCUCCACCUUCUGUUCCUCCUCGAAAAAGGAGUAACAACAAGCAACCCCACGUGAACAUAAUUCAAACGUCUCCAAGUGUUCAUUCCGUCCAUGUUGAACCUCCCCCAAAUGUUCAAAUUGAACCAUUGUCUCAUUUCGUCCAAAUUGAGUCACCACCAAGUGAACCAGCAAACAAAACGGUGGUUCAAAUUAACGGCUCGCCGACGGUUCACAAAUUACAGAUUAAAAACGAAUUCGCAGAUGUCGUCAACAUUCAAACGGUUUCCGUGCUUGAUAAUCCGCAAAGGAAGACAUCAAUCAUGAUAACAGGUGACGAUUGUUAUUCAACCGUAAACGUUAAUGACGACGUUCCACUUUACCAAUCUUCGGUUGUUGUAAAAGAUACACCGAACGAGAAAACUGUUCACAAUACCAAAAAGAGCAGUUCCGUUUACAUCAUCGGUAAUUUCGUUACUCCACUGGUGGAAAAUAACGAACUCAAAGUCAAUGAAUCGGAAAAUAUGCCCGAAAAAAAGGAGUACGAGGAAUGUGAUUUAAUUGAAACUCCACAGAUACAUAAAAAGGAAAAUCUCCUCUUAGACACAUUCAAUGAAAACAAUAUUCCCUCAUCGGAGAUGCUUAAAGAGCUCCUCAAAGACCCCGUGGAAGCAGUAAGACGGAAUUUAGUCCCUCAUGUCUGUGGUAAAUCAGACGUGUCAAGGAGACCAAGACCCAAGAAAUUCGUUUUCGAAGAAUUAAAUAGUAUCAACAUUGAAGAAUCGCUCCUCCGAAUGAAAAACUUGGACUUAAACGACGACGUCAACUCAGAACAUAGUUCCUCGACUCAGUACGAACUCAUGGACGCCAGUUCUGAGUGUUAUACAGAUCACAGUAAUCGCAGUUCUGUCACUGAAGAAGAAUUAGCAAAUAGGACCAAGUUUUACGAGUUGUUGGCAGAUUCUGCGCUCAUUGAAGUGUCAGAAAGUGAAGAUCAUCAUUAUGAAAGCAUUAAGAAUAAUUCGGAUCCCAUUUAUGAAGAAAUUGAAAUUCCACCACCACUCCCGGCAAACCCCCCACCACUGAGUCUUUUAGACGACCUGCAUCUGGACAAGGAAUACACCACGAGGUCCAUAUUUGAGGGCGCAUCAAAAUACGACAUUCUGAGUUAUUUGGUUGACGCAAAAGAGCGGGGAAUUGUCCAAGAAGACAAUUACUCGUACAAUGAUGAUACCAAAGAAACCUACAACAGGAUCUGCCAUAUAAGUACUGUGAGCGAUUCCAGUGAAGACAACAGUCUGAUAAUGCCAAGUAAUUUAAUCGACGAUAAAGUCCCCUUCCAGAAGACAGCAGAAGUCGAGAGAAAUGACUCUGGUGUUGGUUCCGAGACCAGCAAAAGUUCCUUAAGCAAAUACCGAAUGAAACAAGAAACCACCACGACUUGUGAAGACUGCGAGGCAGUUCUUGAGUCGAGUCAAGACACCGAACCUUUGAUUUGUCGCAAAUGUUUGAAAAAACGGUCGGAACGGAAGGAAAUCAUCACCGAGAUUGUGGAAACUGAGGAGAAGUAUAGUCGGGAUUUGCAGAUUAUUCUAGAGGAGUUUUACCAACCCAUGUUGGUGGCUGGGCUCCUGACACCGGAACAAUUAUCUGCGAUUUUCCUAAAUGUGGAGGAACUCCUGGAAAACAGUCAAAGUCUCGCGGAACGGUUAAGAGACGCCGUGGAAAUCGCAGUUGAGCAAGGGGAUGAGGACCUCCUCACUGUCAACAUCGGCAAGAUUUUCCUCGAAGCGGCCCCCAUGUUGCACGGAUUUGAAACCUAUUGCGUCCGACAAGGCGCCGCCAGUCUUCUUUUAGCUAGUCUAGAGAAAGAGAAGGAGCUUCUCAGGAUUUUCCUGCGAGUGUCUCAAAUGGAGAAUACAAUGCUGAGAAGAAUGAAUUUGAAUUCUUUUCUCAUGGUACCUGUUCAACGUGUCACUAAAUACCCAUUGUUGCUGGCGCGUUUGUAUAAGGUUACGCCGGUGCAUCAUGAAACGAGAGAACAGUUGAAGGAAGCCCAACACAAGAUUGAGUUACAUCUGAAUCACAUGAAUUCCGAAACGAAAGAUGUGCCAAGCAAAUUGUGGAGGAGGAUUGGGAGUAGUUCCGGGAGGAGGUCAAGCACCGAAAUGGAUUUGGUUAAUAUAAAGUUGAGGAAGAUUGCUGUUGAUGUGUUGGAGUGGAAUCAUGAUGAAGCCAAGUUUGCCUUGGAGGGAAAAUUGUUGUUUACUCAACCGACUGAUAAUAAUUGGAGGAAAGGGAGGACGAUAAAGCUGACGCCGGUGAAUGCCCUCCUUGUGAUCAAUGGCAAGCCAUCAAUGAAUCGACCGGAACGAACCGACGAAAAUGGGUUGAUAUUUUCGCGGCAUUCGGCAGCUCGAGAAGCGGCUCUUCUCCUGGUGAGGGACAAGAACGGUCGGUAUUCCCUGCUUCGAGAGCCUCUUUAUCUGGAUCGCUGCGUCAUCGCCGCCGACCCGGCAUGGCAGAGCUAUUUCGAAGUACAAGAACUCCUAGGAAAGGACACUUUCAUUUUUAAGGCUGAAGACGAGGAGCAAACGAAAAUCUGGUAUAGUCAAUUACAGUUUCACGCCCAAGGAAUGGGAGCUUGGAGGAAACGACGUAAUGCCCUAGCCAAUAUAAUGAUAAAUGGCAUGGGCUUAAGGUCUUAAUCGACGUACUUACUGAAAAUAAAGAUUUAAUGAGCUUUAAGUCAUUAUUCGAAUGUUUCCUGUAAUUUGUACUUGAUCGAUAUAGAUAGAUAAUUUUAUUGUUUCUUUUUGUAAAUAUUUAGUAAUUUAGCUGUGAUAUUUUCUGGAUGAGGUUACUGGGAUUCAAUUUAUUUCACAAAUAUUAAUAAUAUGCUUGAUGACCAUAUUUGUGGUUAUUGUAACUUUAUACGACUUUAUAUUAAUCAUUGUAAAAAAAUGUAAUUAAAUAAAAAUAAAUAAAGAAUUUAAAAAAUA